CAUCUUUCUUCUCCCCUCAGCAGCUGCAACCCCUCCUUCCCAAACAGAUACACACGCAUAGCUUUCCUCACCUAGCAGCAAACAACACAUUUUCCCCCUUUCUCCAAUUCAAUGUGCAACAACAGUAGGAGAAGGAAACAAGAGAAACGGACCAGAGAGAGAGGAUGAGUUGCGGAUGAAGAGAGGAGGAGAGGAAGGAGAUUCGCGCCGGCGUGCUGGGCUCCACCGCCGCCGUCGCGUCGUCGCCGUCAGGACUGCGGGAUGCCAUCCGCGUCGCUGUCGCUGAAGCUUCGCGCCGCUGUCCAACCGCUAUGCCUCGCCGUCAGUUGCUGCUCAUCCUCAUCGCGACCAAAGGGGAGCGCGAGACCGAGGGAGAGAGAGAAAGCGUGGAGUUGGCGUCGCGCGGAGAGGGACUCGCCACUCCUUCCCACCGCUGCCGAGCUGCCAUUGUCGACGCGUGUCACCGCGGCUGAAGGUGUCGCCACCACCAAACCCUGGCCGAAGAUUCUUCUGCUGCACGCGAGAGGAAGAGGAGCGAUGAGGCAGAACGCGUCCUCGCCGGAGUUCUUGAGCGCCGCCGUCGCUCGUGCCUCCUCCCGCCGCCAAAUCUGCUCCCACUUCUGGGUUCUGGAAUCUGACCCGGAUGCCGCUGCCACCAUCCGAGCUCGCUGCUGCUGAUGAUGGUAAGCCCAAACUGCCGCCGGCAAAAGGGGUUCAGGCCGCUGCAGGUGUCGCUGUCGAAGAAGGGAGCUGCAUCUCUGUGAUUCCGACCGCCAGGAGUGGUUCUGUGACGUUAAGGACCACUGCCGGAGCUGCUGGCUACUCCUGCCGUCGCCGGAAAAGUAUGCGGCUGCUAUUAUCAGAAAUUCGGGCCGCCGCCGUUAUUCAGAAUUUAUUAACGAAGCCGCUACCGAGUCGAUUUGUAGUUGCGGCUAUUUCGUUUCGUUAAUCUAGUGAGUAUCUCUAUUUCGAAAGCCUUGC